ACAAUCUUCUGUGACCGGCCUUCAUAUGCUCGCUCAGAUCGUCAUAAGGAUGACAACGGACAUAGAACUCGUGCAAGUUCCACCUCACCGCCCCGUCGUCCAUAUGAAGAUCACCGGCACAGCUCUGAUCUUAAUCAUUCAGGUGCGCUGCCACCUCGUGGGCGUGAGUUCAGCAGCAGAAGGGAAUCUUCUGGGAGUUACAGAGACUAUUCACCACCACGCCAUGCUAGAGGUGGAGCUGGUGGUCGUCGUUUUGAUGGGCCUGAACCUGCUCACAACUCUUUUAAAGGCGAAGGGAUGAGCAGACACAAUAUCUCAAAGGUGCAACCAAGAGAUGGAGAUUGGUACUGUCUAGAUCCAUUAUGCAGAAACUUGAACUUUGCGAGGCGAGAAGUGUGUUACAAGUGCAAGAGGCAUCACUAUGCACGUGCCAAUAGUCCGCCACCGCCUCCCAUGAAUCUUUCUCUAAGAAGAGACUUCAACGGCUACAGAUCUUCUCCUCCACGUGGCUACCCUAGAGACUACCCUCCACCAAGACUUGACCAUCCCACAUGGAAAGACAGAGACCGUCUGCGUUACUCAGACCUUGACUACCCUCCUAACAGAAGAAUAGUAUCUGACUGGGUUCAUCCUCAGCCACUCCCAAAACCUCACUUUGAGAGACGACCACCUCUCAGUCCACCCCGGGGGAGAAGAUGGAAACGACAUUCAAGAGAGAGGAGCAGAUCCCCGCCAUUGAGAGACGGUCCACCACCCAUCAAAUGAGGAGGUCCACCACCGCUCAGAGAUUACCGUCGUGACAGUUAUUUCGAUAGGUGUGGCGACAGAGACAAGAUGUGA